GAGGCAGGGUCCCUCCUUACUGCGCGUCAUAGCAACACUCACACAAGGCGGUGGAGAUGAAAUGCGGGGACGUUAGACUCGCGCUGUAGAUAGUAGAAGAAGAAAGUGUGUAUCCAUCAAUAAUCCCCGUGGGGAAGUGAUUCUCUGCACUUAACCCAUCCCACCCAGUGGGAGCAAUGGGCAGUUCGGCUUUAGGCGUCUUGCUCGGGGACACUCCGACCCAGGACAUUGAGCAGCCGCGGCUGUACGCUCGCUCGCCAAAUGCCCAAUCAACAGACUUGGGAGAAAUCGAUCAUGAUCUACCACAACAACAAUUCCAUUGUAUUGCGCAGGACUUUUCUGCCGCAAAACAUCUAGUCGCCGUCUCUUCUUUUGGGAACACCAUGCCACAGGUGGCGACCAGCAGCUGCAUCGCCGUAACCACAGCAGCAUAAUGGCAUGCAGGAGCGGUUCCUGCUGCGGCUCCGGUCCUAUCAACGAGGACAACGCGAGGUUCCUGCUGCUGGCUCUCUUCAUCAUCAUCUACCUCCUGUGCGGAGCCGCGGUCUUCUCCGCGCUGGAGCAGCCGAAGGAGCGCGAGGCGAAGGAGCGCUGGGCACAGAGGUUCGAGCACUUCAGUCAGAGGCACAACCUGAGCAAGAAAGACCUGAAUAACUUCCUGAGGGACUACGAGGAGGCCAACCUGGCGGGCAUCCGUGUGGAUACGGUCCGACCUCGAUGGGACUUCACCGGCGCGUUUUACUUCGUGGGAACUGUGGUGUCGACCAUUGGCUUUGGGAUGACCACUCCUGCCACCAUUGGAGGAAAAGUCUUCCUGAUGGUCUACGGUCUACUCGGCUGCGCAGCCACCAUACUCUUCUUCAACCUCUUCCUAGAGCGGGUCAUCACCGUCAUCGCCGUGGUCCUAAAGUCGUGUCACGAACGACGACAUAACAAAGCUGUGCUGCCUCCAAAUGGCCACCAGGUCUCCGGGGGAAACGGAGCAGACGGAGCUGGGGGAGAUGGAGGAGUAAAAGGACAGGAUCUGGCUGGCUGGAAGCCUUCGGUCUACUGCGUCAUGCUCAUUCUAGGAGCGGCAGCCAUCUUGGUGUCCUGCUGUGCCUCGUUCAUGUACACGGCAGCAGAGGGAUGGGGCUAUCUGGACUCGCUCUACUUCUGCUUUGUAGCCUUUAGCACCAUUGGUUUCGGAGACAUGGUGAGCAGCCAACGGGUCGUCUACGAGGGCCACGCCAUGGUCGCGUACCGGCUGGGCAACUUCUUCUUCAUCCUGACCGGGGUCUGCUGCAUCUACUCCCUCUUCAACGUCAUCUCCAUUGUCAUCAAGCAGGUCCUCAACUGGAUGCUAAUGAGGCUGGAGGCGCCCUGCCGCUGCUGUUUGCCCAGUAGGGGUCACCGGCGACCCCGGCGGAACGUGGUGGCCCCGGGUCACCUCCGCGCCCGCAGGGACCCCUCCAUCGAGACAGAUGCCAUCAACGAAAGCGAGACUGACGCUGGGCGCAGGAUGUCUGGGGAGAUGAUCUCCAUGAGGGACUUCCUGGCAGCCAACAAGGUGAAUCUGGCAAUUAUGCAGAAGCAGCUUUCGGAGAUGGCCAUCGGACACCCGCGACAGUCCGCCUCCGGUUCACGCCAGAACGGCUUCUCGGGAGGGGUGGGCGCCCUGGGCAUCAUGAACAACCGGCUGGCCGAAACGAGCGUUGACAGACCGGAGAACCGCCUGAAUCCUUUCUAAAGGUUACAAAAGGAUGACGGGACGAGACGUGUGGGGACAAAUUGACCCGGAGGACGGCCUCCCUGGAACACAGGAGAAUGUACAAGACUGAACUCGUUGCUCCGUCGUCUUAUCUUUGACAAGCAAGCCGACCUGCAGCAGCCACCCACUUCCUUGUCAAGAACAAGGCUCCAUGAAAGAUGCAUGGUGGUUUGCUGGAGACUCACAUCUGGACGAGGCUCAGUGUGCCGGAAUGUUCUCCCGUGAGGAUGUCAGUUUCCAUGGUAAUAUAAUAAGCCUGCCUUGAGCCCCUGUAUCUCUGCCUAAAAGAUAUCACGCGCUACAUGCUUCUUCACACCCCGACUUCCACGCAUUCAUUUUACCUCACAGUACUCAUUCCCGCUUCUUGGCUGAAAAAAAUACAUAAAAAUAGCUUCAUGUAAAUGCAGAAUACUGUGUUUUAUAAUUAUUAAAGUUCAAAUGGAACAAUCUGAAUAGGUCAACGGCACUGUCAGUGGUUCACCUCAUCUGUGACUCAGACACACAUUAUUCCCAUCCAUAUGAUUUAACAUUGAAAAGGCUCCCUGCUUCCAUUCAUUAUCAGCACAAAAGGAAAACCAAGCCCAUCAAAGAACCUCACAAGGACCAAGCAGACGUGUUCAGGUUCACCUGUUAUGUGAGAAGCCUACUGUUAACUCUGUCCAUUAUCCAAGCAUGGACACAGACAUGAGGACAUUUUCACUCCCCGAUGUUGCUAUCGUUUGAUUUGAGCUCAGCGUCGAUUGGUUGUAGUCUUGAUUUAGUGCAGUACACAAAAGGACAAGAACAUUGCCAACAUUGCCCAUAAAUGCCGGUGGAGGGACUGACUUCGGUGUAACCUGCAAGGGGCCAAGCAGGAGGCCACUGAUUUAGUGCAAUGGUCCUUAUUCUCACUGUAAAUGUACGUAUGUCAUGGUGAGAAUCCUGCAGGCUCACCAGCUGAGCUUUAGGCGUCAGUGGGUCUGAUGUCCACAGAACAAUGGAAAGAAUGUGCUACAAUCCUUCUGUACGGGGUUUGCAUGUUUUUUUUUCCAGGAUGAUUUCCAAUUGUUGUUAGAAUACUACAUCUGUGAGUCAUCUGUUGCUAAAUCCCUUUCAGUUCCCAAUACAAACUGAGAAGAAGGAAGUGUGAUUCGGCAUCAAUGAAACAUAUGCAGAAUGAAGAAUGUGUGAAGAAUGAAAAAUGUGUUUGUAUAAAAAGAAAGAAACGCAAGGUAAGGAAGUUUAGAUUCCAGCCACAAGUCUCUUUGGCGGAUAUCUCAAAGGAUUUGUAGUCAUAAAGAAUCUGAUACAUGGUGGCUGUUUUAAAUCUGUCUGUACACUAAGAAAAGACUUGAAUCCAGGCAAGGCAAGGCAAGGCCAGUUUAUUUGUAUAGCGCUUUUCAUACACAAGGCAGACUCAAAGUGCUUCACAUCAUGUCAUGUCAUACAAUAAAGUGGAAGAAAAUGCAAGAAUUAAAAGAGAAUUUAAAAACAGCAAAUAAAAUUGUAAAUAUAAAAAGAAUUCAAAGUUACAGUGCAGAGUGAGAUAUUAAAAUCAUAUUAAAAUUGUUUAAUUAAAGGUUAAAAGGGCAAUGUAGGUAAAAUUUAGCAGAAGGCGAAGGUGAACAUAAAAGUUUUCAGUCUUGUUUUAAACGUGGUCAGAGUUGGGGCGAGUCUUAAAUCUUCAGGUAGUUUAUUCCAGCUGUUUGUUGCAUAGUAACUAAAUGAUGCUUUCCCAUGAUUUGUAUUUACUCUGGGAAUCACUAACAGAGUGGUGUCAGACGAUCUUAGUGAUCUUGAAGGCGUAUGUAGUGGAAGCAUAUCAGUGAUAUACUUUGGCCCUAAACCAUGUAGUGAUUUAUAUGUGAGCAGUAGGAUUUUGAAAUUAAUUCUCUGACAUACUGGGAGCCAAUGUAAGGAUUUAAGAAUUGGUGUAAUGUGCUCACAUUUUUUGGUCUUUGUUAGCACUCUAGCAGCAGCGUUCUGGACAAGCUGGAGCUGCCUGACAUUUUUUUUUUGGAAGACCUGCAAGGAGACCAUUACAAUAGUCCAGCCUACUAGUUAGAAAGGCAUGUACAAGUGUUUCUAAGUCUUGAGCUGACAUGAGCCCUCUAAGUCCUGCUACAUUUUUGAGGUGAUAAUAGGCAGAUUUUGUUACUGAUUUGAUGUGACUCUGUAAAUCUGAAUCCAUAAUAACCCCCAGAUUUCUGGCUUUAUUUGAUGUUUUCAGGGACACAGAGUGAAGGUGUUGGGUUACUUUAAACCUUACUUUUUUAGCACCAAAUACAAUGAUCUCAGUUUUGUCUUCAUUUAGUUGUAGGAAAUUUUGACACAUCCAGUCUUUGAUUUGAUCAAUGCACUGGCACAGAAAAUCGAUGGGGCUAUAGUCGUUUGGUGAUAGCGCUACAUAGAUUUGGGUGUCAUCAGCGUAGCAAUGGUGGCUAAUUUUAUUAUUUUGCAUGAUUUGUCCUAGUGGGAGCAUGUAGAUGUUGAAUAAAGUCGGCCCUAAGAUCGAACCCUGGGGGACUCCACACGUUACGUCGUUUGGUUCUGAUACGAAGUCACCAAUGGAAACAAAAUAGUUCCUGUCUUGUAGAUAUGACCCGAACCAGCUUAAGACUGUGCCUGAGAGCCCCAGCCCCAGUUUUCCAACCUGUACAAAAGUAUUGAGUGGUCGACAGUAUCAAAUGCAGCACUGAAGUCUAAUAACAUUAAUAUUGGAGCUUUGCCAGAGUCUGUGUUCAGACGGAUGUCAUUUACAACUUUAAUAAGGGCCGUCUCAGUGCUAUGAAGAGGUCGAAAUCCUGACUGGAAUCUAGCAGCCUUAAUACAAACUGCAAAGAUGUUGCUUUGCCAUGGCCUUGCAAAUGCAGUCUGCCCAUACACAAACACACACAAACACACACACUCAGGCGAAGGUGUCGCUACACUUUGAAUAAACGCCUGUUUGUCCAUUUGAACACUCUAAUGGAACAUUCAGUGUGGUUUUAUUCUGCUGUGCAGCAGAGGAGGUCUCGUUGUUGCACUGCCAUUCAUGGCUCAGCAGUAAUAUUGAUUAUCAUGUUCACAAAAGAUUUGAAAACACUGUACCUUAGUAUGGACUGUAGUUAAAUGGGAGAAUAAAUGGAAGGGUACAUUGUAAAUUGUUUCCUUUUUCCUUAUCCCAUUUGUAAUAUGCAGUGUUAUACCCAGUACAGGUCAAUGGCUGUCAAUCAGUGGCUUUUUCUUGUUCUGUUACUUUACUCUUGCCAAACGGAGUACAAAUAAGUCUUAAUAAAAUACAGAAAUCAACUGAUGCGC